AUGCGACAACUAGGAAGGAUUAUUGAUGGAAAGAAAUCUUUUAUCGGUACGAAGUACUGCAGCAAGAUGAGCUACAAACGAAUUUGCUUUAAGGUAUGGUUCAAGAAUCGUCGUGCAAAGGAUCGUAAGCAGAAGCGUGAGCUGGACACGAAGGAUGGCAAAGGGCAGAAGAUGAGUGCAUCGGAUGAGUCAGACUACGACGUUUCUGACGAUGACGAUCAUUGCAUCAAGGCAAAGAAGCAACGCAUCUCUGGCAAACUCACGCAUGACGUGAAGAAGGAGCUCAAAACCAGCACUGCUUAG